AUCAUAUAAACGUAUACAUAUAUAUCAUUACGUAUACAUAGAUCUUAUCUAGGUCUAAUCAGAUAUACAUUGUAUGUACAUAUAUAUCAUACGGAUUUAAUUUCGAUUAAAAUGAGAAGUAAAAAGCGCAUGUCGAGAGAAUUCGUAAAAGCUAUCGCUAUAGUAGAUUUUAGCAGCUGUCUCAUUGUCAGUGUUAUUGCUGCUGUUUUAUUUUGACAAAAAAAAAAAAAACAAUCGUAAAUCGUUAAAUAUUUUUUUAGAACAUUAUGUCUCUUUCUGACAGGCUAAUAUCCAACAAUGCUGAUCAUAUCGUUUGGAUUGAUAUGGAGAUGACUGGGCUGGAUAUAGAAAAAGAUCAUAUAUUAGAAAUUGCCUGUGUUGUAACAGAUAAAACAUUGAAAAUUAUUAGCGAAGAAUUAAAUAUUAUUAUACAUCAAUCAAAUAUAAUUUUAGAUAAUAUGAAUGCAUGGUGUAAAAAACAGCAUAAAAAAACUGGAUUGACAGAAAACUCCCGCUCAAGUACGAUCUCGUUAGAAGAUGCUGAGAAAAUGGUACUUAACUUUUUACAAAAAUAUGUUCCUAGAGGUGUAUGUCCACUGGCUGGAAAUACAGUCUACAUGGAUCGUUUCUUUCUAUACAAAUAUAUGCCGCUAGUUAACAAUUUUUUGCACUACAGAAUUAUUGAUGUUAGUGCAAUCAAGGAAGUUGUCAGAAGAUGGAAUCCAAAUGUAUACAAUUCUGUUCCAAAAAAAGAAUUAAAACAUAGGGCCUUAGAUGAUAUAAUAGAAAGCAUUAAGGAGCUAGCUUACUAUCAAAAACAUAUAUUUGGGUUUCAGUAAUAGUACAAUUUUUUUUUUUUUAAAGAAACUUCAUAAUAUACAUUUUAUCAAUAUAUUUAAUAUAUCUUUUUUAAAGCAAAAAAUAUCAAAAAACAUCAAUGCAGCUAAAUUUGUAAACACUUAUAAAUUGUGACUAAUGUGAAUGUGUAAAUAUAUUUCAAUCAAAAAUUAUUUCUUAUCCAGCAUAAUAAAAGCAUAAUGAAAUUUAUUUGUAAAUCUUAUCUUUAUAUUACAUGUAUUGAUUAUGUACUUAUGAUUUUGAUAAAAUAAUCAUGUCUUAACAAUUAUA